UAGUUUGUUUGGCUUUACCUGUCACCUGUCACAAACUCGAGAAAGUAUUUACCUAAAAAACUAGACAAUCUCCUAAAUUUUAAGGGAAAUCCUCAAAAUUCGCUGCUUUUCAUAAACUUCGGACCAUUCACGCUCCUUCCCUCCAACAACCCAAAAAUGGCCAACAAAGCCGCCUUCAACGUGGAAAAGUACAAGACCUUCUACGAGUGCGACGAGCACUGGGAGCUGCGUCGGAUGUUUAUGGAGCGCCACAAGGACCGGUUCGACGAGGACGAGCUGGUUUGUCUGGCGCAGGUCUUUACCAACGUCGAGUUCCUCGGUUGUCGCUAUCCGCAGGAGACGAUGACGCUGAUUGCCGAGCUUUCCAAGGAGGUGGCGGCCGAGUAUCGCCAGUCGCGGGAGAACAAACUGAAGCGGACGUUCGUGGCAGCGUCGGAUGCAGCUGCCGCGAGGUACGCCAAGAAGUAGGAGGGACGGUUCGGAAGAUGAGAAGAUUGUGCCGCGGAGAUCAUUUUUAAAUACUGCACAUUUAUUUUUUUUUUUUGAUCAUUAAACUGUAAUGAUUCUAGGAUAAUUUAGUGUGACAUAUUUCAAGUGUAUAAUUUCGUUCCUUCGAAAAAAAA